GUUCAUUUGAAAUUUUUUAUCGGGAAUGUUCACACACAUUUUUUGUAGUUAUAGAUAGAAAUGUUUAAGUCACUUGUCUUUAAGUAAGCGAGAAUCAGCGAAACAGAAGAAAAAAAGGAAAACAGUUCAGCCAAAGUCACUUCUGUAGGGGAAAACGCGCUAUGAAAAAGUAAUUUUCGACAGAAGUAGAGUUGAAACAAUCCCACUUUCUCAAAUUCUCUUUCGAGUGUCGAAGAAAAAAAACACGUACAUACACACGGAAUACCAGUGAUACUAGCGAAGCUGUGAACAGUUAAUGGAAAUUUACUAGCUAAUUAAACCAAUUUAAGCAUAAGAAUCUACCCAGCAUCAGCAGCUCGUCGCUAAGCUAAAACCACCAGCACCACAACCAGCAGCAUCAAAAUGUCUACCGUCGACAAGGAGGAGUUGGUCCAGAAGGCUAAACUGGCCGAACAGUCGGAACGAUAUGACGACAUGGCACAAGCGAUGAAAUCAGUGACAGAAACCGGAGUAGAACUAUCAAACGAAGAACGAAACCUGCUAUCUGUCGCCUACAAGAACGUCGUCGGUGCGCGAAGAUCGUCAUGGCGAGUAAUAUCGUCGAUUGAGCAAAAGACCGAAUCCUCUGCCCGCAAACAGCAACUGGCCCGGGAGUACAGAGAACGAGUCGAGAAGGAGCUUAGGGAAAUCUGCUACGAAGUGCUGGGUCUCCUGGACAAAUUCUUGAUCCCCAAAGCGAGUAAUCCAGAAAGCAAGGUGUUUUACCUCAAAAUGAAGGGAGAUUACUACAGAUACCUAGCCGAGGUAGCCACAGGAGAAACCCGCAACACUGUAGUAGACGAUUCCCAAGCCGCUUACCAGGAUGCCUUUGAGAUUAGUAAAGGCAAAAUGCAGCCAACACACCCCAUCCGAUUGGGUCUCGCGCUCAAUUUCUCUGUCUUCUAUUACGAGAUCCUAAACUCGCCAGACAAAGCCUGCCAGCUGGCGAAACAGGCGUUCGAUGACGCGAUCGCCGAGCUGGACACGCUGAACGAGGAUUCCUACAAAGACUCCACCCUGAUCAUGCAAUUGCUGAGGGACAACCUCACCCUGUGGACGUCGGACACCCAGGGCGACGGAGACGAACCACAGGAGGGUGGCGAUAAUUAACCAAACUAAAAUUAAUGAGAAACAAAAAAACACACACACUUAAAUAUAAUAGAAAUUCCUUUUGACUAAUUAAUUACAAAAACAAAAAGAAAAACAAGACAGAAAACAACAGCAGCAGCAACAACAGCAACAUCAGCGAGCGGAAGGCAAAACCAACAGCAGCAGAAGCAGAAGCAAAACAAAUGCAGAAAAUCAUUUCUUUAAGAAAUCGCUAACACACAGACACACAGCAACACAAACACACACACACUCAGACAGACACAUUUUCUUUGUGAAUAAAAAAAAACAAAA